UCUGCCUAGCAACCGGGGAAGCCGGGCUGCGAAGCGGGCAAUUUCAGUGUGAGAAGGAGCGGCGAGACCGAGCGGCGGCUCCGAGCGCGGCGAGGCGGCUCCUCCUGCCCGGGGUCAGCGCCCCGGCGCGCGCACGCGCACCCCCGCCACCCGAGCGCGCUCCGCGCCGCCCGCGCAGUCGGUCGGUCGGUCGUCCGUCGUCCUGUCGCAGCCGCCGCCGCGGGCGCCACCUGAGGGAGCCGCCGCCGCGGGACCCGAGCUGAUUGGACCGGACCCCGCCUCCCGAGGCCACCCGGGGCCCAGCAGCCGCCCGCAGAGGCGCCGAGCAACUUCGGUUGGUCAGCACGUUGACACAAGUUGCCUUUUGACGUAGCUGCCGCCAUGGCCAGCUGGUAGGACUAGCAUCCCAUGCACAGAAGCCAGUUCAGAAUGACUGAAGAAGCAUGCCGAACACGGAGUCAGAAACGAGCGCUUGAACGGGACCCAGCAGAGGAUGAUGUGGAGAGCAAGAAAAUAAAAAUGGAGAGAGGAUUGUUGUCUUCAGAUUUAAACACUGACGGAGACAUGAGAGUGACGCCUGAGCCAGGAGCAGGCCCAGCCCAAGGGUUGCUGAGGGGGGCAGAGGUGCCGACUGUGGGCAGAUGCGAAGGGCAGGCGGGUGACGGGCCCGUGGACAUGCGUACCUCAUACAGUGACAUGAAGUCUGAGAGGAGAGCCCCCUCUCCUGAUGUGAUUGUGCUCUCUGACAAUGAGCAGCCCGCAAGCCCAAGGGUGAAUGGGCUGACAAAGGAGGCCUUGAAGGAGACCAGCACCGAGGCCCUCAUGAAAAGCAGUCCUGAAGAACGAGAAAGAAUGAUUAAGCAACUGAAAGAAGAGUUAAGAUUAGAAGAAGCAAAACUCGUUUUAUUAAAAAAGUUGCGGCAGAGUCAAAUACAAAAGGAAACUACCACCCAGAAGCCCACAGGCUCUGCUGGGAGUGCCGUGACCACCCCUCCCCCGCUUGUGCGGGGCACCCAGAACAUUCCUUCUGGCAAGCCAUCCCUUCAGACCUCUUCAACAAGAAUGCCUGGCAGUGUCAUCCCACCACCCCUGGUCCGCGGUGGGCAGCAGGUGUCCUCGAAGCUGGGGCCACAGGCGAGCUCACAGGUCGUCAUGCCCCCACUUGUCAGGGGGGCUCAGCAAAUCCACAACAUCAGACAACAUUCCAGCACGGGGCCGCCGCCACUCCUCUUGGCCCCCCGGGCAUCUGUGCCCAGUGUGCAAAUUCAGGGACAGAGGAUCAUCCAGCAGGGUCUCAUCCGUGUCGCCAAUGUCCCCAAUACCAGUCUGCUUGUCAACAUCCCACAGCCUUCCCCAGCGUCGCUGAAAGGGACGACCGCCACCUCUGCUCAGGCCAACUCUACCCCCACCAGCGUGGCCUCUGUGGUCACCUCUGCUGAUUCUCCAGCCAGUCGUCAGGCAGCUGCCAAGCUUGCGCUGCGCAAACAGCUGGAGAAGACGCUGCUAGAAAUCCCCCCUCCCAAGCCCCCUGCCCCGGAGAUGAACUUCCUGCCCAGCGCUGCCAACAACGAAUUCAUCUACCUGGUCGGCCUGGAGGAAGUGGUGCAGAACCUGCUAGAGACCCAAGCGGGCAGGAUGUCAGCUGCUGCUGUUCUGUCCCGGGAGCCCUACAUGUGUGCGCAGUGCAAGACGGACUUCACAUGCCGUUGGCGGGAGGAGAAGGGUGGCGCCAUCAUGUGUGAGAACUGCAUGGCAUCCAACCAGAAGAAGGCACUCAAGGUAGAGCACACGAGCCGGCUGAAGGCCGCUUUUGUGAAAGCUCUGCAGCAGGAACAGGAGAUCGAGCAGCGCCUCCUACAACAGGGUGCCGCCCCCACACAGGCCAAGGCUGAGCCUGCCGCCGCCCCACACCCCGCACUAAAGCAGGUCAUAAAACCCCGGCGUAAGUUGGCGUUCCGCUCAGGAGAGGCCCGCGACUGGAGUAACGGGGCUGUGCUACAGGCCUCCAGCCAGCUGUCCCGGGGCUCGACCACAACGCCCCGUGGUGUCCUGCACACGUUCAGCCAGUCACCCAAACUGCAGAACGCAGCCUCAGCCACAGCCCUUGUCAGCAGGACCGGCAGACAUUCCGAGAGAGCUGUAAGCACCGGCAAGGGCAAUGCCACCACCAACUGGAAGAAGGCACCCCUAAGUACAGGCGGGGCCCUUGCGUUUGUCAGCCCGAGCUUGGCAGUGCACAAGACCUCCUCAGCGGUGGACCGCCAGCGGGAGUACCUCCUGGACAUGAUCCCGCCACGCUCCAUCCCCCAGUCAGCCACGUGGAAAUAGUGCGAGCCGGGCCCAGUGGAGAACAGGCUCCCUCCUCCCUCCCACCUGGCCCUGCCACCCUCCACUCGGGAAGACCUCGUACUCCCUGAGGAAACGAGUGAGCGAGCGCCGGCCCCGCUGCAGAAGCAAGGGCCCCGUUCUUGGCUGCAGAGUCUCGUCGCAGCUGAGGGGCUGCUUCACAGGUGGACGAGGAAUAUCACUGAGGGACCUUUCCCUUGGGCUUUUUUCCUUUCUUUGCCUUUAGUUUGCCCAACACCAGCAGAAAAGUGGACCUUGGGGGCUGGUUCUGCUUCCGGCCCUUUCUUUCAGCGCCCCCAACCCCUCCCCACUCCCCCACCCCCCGGCAGGGUGCACGGACGGCUCACCCUGGACACUGUGACACGCUCGGCGAGACCGGCGCCCGGGGCUUCUGAAGUCGAGCGGAGCGUUCUGUUUUGUUUUUGCUUUUCCCCAUCUUAGCCUCCCAGUCUUUGACUGCCUUCCUUCAUGGCAAUCUUUAGGUUGACAGAUUUUUUUUAAAUCACCUCAUGAUGAUGGAGUUUAAAGUAAACCGUGCAGACCUAGGGGUCCCUGCCGAGCACGGCCCCCACACCCCAGAGGGUGGGCCACUGACUGCCUAGCCCUCACUCUAGCGGAAGGCCUCUGCUGCUGCUCAUCCCGGAGAACCUGGACCUCCCACACUUAGCAGAAGAACAAACUGCAACCCAGACCCCAGCCAGAGAGCCUGGGAUCCCAGAAGCCGCACGCCGCCAAUAGAGGAGGGAGAGAGAAUUGGCAGCAACACCCAGAGCCUGAGUGGGAAAUUGAAGGGGUGGGCUAUUGUGUUUUUUUGUUGUUGUGGUUUUAUUUUAUUAAAUUUCUCCUUUACUUACUUAUUUUGAUGGACACCAUCUUAAGCUGCCCUGGCCUAUGCUUCUGUCAGGUGUGUCUGGUGGGGAAGUACCCCUGCCCUUCCAAGACUUCAGGGUUUUCAUUUGGGUCUAGUUUAGAACUUUCCCUUAAAACAGGGCCAUGCUGCCAGGGUUCGCCUUCAGACUGUUUUGGUUUUGGUUUUGGUUUUUUGUUUUGUUGUUUUGUUGUUGUUUUUUUUUUUUAACUCUUUCGACUCUACAGAAAUGUCUUAUGCAACGGAUCAGGUCUGCUCUUAUUUGUGUUUCAUUUUGGUUUAUCCAACUUCCUAAAAAUCGGUUCCAUGAGGAUAGGCAGAAGCUGUCAUGAGUGUGCUCUGCACAGGGCUGUCUCCGUGCAGGUGCGUGGGUGUCCUGUGUGCACGCACACAUGUUUGUUGACGUGGAGAUGGGGUACUCUUGCUCCCCACUUCAGCCCCAGCCCUAGUUUUCCUAUCCAUGCAGUUAGGGACUUAAUUUAAAAUCCUUAUUUUGUAGGGCCUCCUUCUUCAAAACACACUGCUACAACAUUCUAAUAAAGGCUCAUUUAACCCCCUCUCUCAUGUGUGAAUAUCCAUGUUUAGCAACAUUUUGACCCGCGGUAGAAGACCUAGUUUUGCAACAUUCUAAUUUUUUGUUGUGUAAAACCCUGUAUUUUAAAUUGAUUUUUGUUUUGAGUGCAUAACUUAGAGGGGCUGGAGGAGGGGAGGGCAAGGAAGGGUGGCUUUCAUUCCAAGAUCCAGGGAUUUGGGGGAAAGGAGGGAAAUUGACAUGGGGGUGUUUUACACCAAAAAAUCAAGAGUAUGCAAGCAUUUCUAUUUCUCACAUUUUUCUGUGUGCCUGGCAAAUAAAUACUUGUCUUAUACUAUCCUGA